ACUUGAUCACGGGAAGGCAGAACCGACUUUUUGGAAAUCAGCCGCUCAUCUUUCCAUCGAACCAAGGAUCACCUCUUCGAGGGAAACCCGGACCGUCAUUUCCGCAAAAAUACAUAUGCACAAUAUAAGAGGACGAUCGAAUUGCAUAUGACGCAGGUUAUCGUUUACCCUCACAUCACCGUAUCUCCUGCAAACAAUGUCUUUCGGAAAGGUUCUUGAACUGAACACAGGUGCGACCAUCCCCGAGAUCGGUCUCGGCACCUGGCUCUCUAAACCGAAUGAAGUCGAAAGUGCUGUCGAGAUUGCUGUUCGCAAUGGUUACCGUCACCUUGAUCUUGCUAUGAUCUACCGGAACCAGGACGAGGUCGGACGCGCGCUGAAGAAAGUCAUACCAUCCGUUGUGACUCGCGAACAGCUUUUUAUUACCUCGAAACUCUGGAACUGCUCGCAUCAGCAAGGACCAGCCGAGGCAGAGCUUGACGAGACGCUGAAGCAGCUUGGACUUACCUACCUCGACCUCUAUCUUGUACACUGGCCUGUAGCAUUCGAACCUGGAAACGGUCUUACUCCCUUCCAUCCGACCAAGGAAGGAGAGGCACACUUGGACCUCAAGACCUCCCUUGUCGACACCUGGAGAACGAUGAUCAAGCUGAAGGAAACCGGCAAGGUCAAAGCUAUUGGUGUUUCCAACUUCACGAUCGAACACAUCAAAGGCUUGAUUGACGCUACUGGCGUCGUUCCUGCUGUCAACCAGGUCGAGGCUCACCCUAUGCUUCCUCAAGAUGACCUCGUUGCAUACUGCAAGCAGGUAGGCGUCCACAUCACCGCUUACAGUCCGCUAGGCAACAACCUCGUUGGCAAACCUAUGCAUACCGAAAACGCUGCAGUGAAGCAAGUCGCCGAGAAACUUGGCGCAACCCCUGCCCAGGUUCUCAUUGCUUGGGGCGCUUACCGGGGUUACUCUGUUAUCCCAAAGUCUGUGCAGGAGGGCCGAAUCGUCUCGAACUUCAAGCAGGUUACACUCAGCGAGGAAGACUACAACAAGGUUACAGCAAUUAAAGUGGGCAAGUCCGAGCGUUUCAAUAUUCCUAUUACCUUUAAACCCAAGUGGGACAUCAACCUAUUUGAUGAGGAACUGGAAAAGACUGCUACCAACCAGGCCAAUAUUGCAUAGGCCUGUUGGGGAAGGAGGAGGAAAGAAGUCUGUAUAUUUGUUGCCAAGCAUGCUGUAAGCACGCUGGCUUACUAGCGUUCCCAUAAUCUACAUAAAUGCUGUCUGCGAUACUGAAACAUGAGCUUUCAGUAUCACUGCUUUUUGGUGUAACAGCUGAUCGGACGACAGUCAAGCUUGGCCAGUGUUGUACAUGCUCACUCAACCAAUUUCACGAUCAUGGUAUUAUCAACGAAUCAGAUUAAAAAAUCUAUGAAAUCUAUUCUACGACAUCAGUGGGAGCAACAUUGUUACAUUUGAACUUUGAAGGACCAGAACACUGCAAAUCUGAUGCCGGUAUGUAAAAUGUUGUAAGUGUUAGAUCAACGUUGAUAUAUUGUAAUGAUGCAUAUGAUGUGCAUAUAAUUGAUAUUGGUCACAUAAUUAAUGUCGUUCGUACGUGACAUCCAUUUAGUGAGC